AUGACACGGGCAGCACCAACUCUAGCAGAGCUGUCGAUUUCGCUCACACACGUCCAAUCCCUACUCCGACAACUCACCUCAGAGGUCAAGGUCCUCUCCGACGGGAUCACCGUCCUCGCCGAGCAGGAGGAGAACGAUAUCGAAGAGGAACUCGAUUACCUUGAUGUAGACCCUUGGUCCAAGGCAAAGGACAAGGAUAAGGCUGAUGCUACGGUAGGAGUCGCGACGGGUGCUCAGAGACAGGAUAGCAUCCGUUCGCUUCUGCAGAGGAAACCGUCGACGGUCAAGGAUGAAACAAAGGCUUUGGCGAGGAUCCUUAGCCAGAAACGAGCUCCUGCUUCGUCUACCACCGCCAAUGGAGAGGGAAACAGCGACCCUGAGCAACAACAACAACAACAACAGCAGCAGCAACAGCAGCAGCAGCAGCAACAACAGCACCUGUCAGCGACAAAGUGGGUGGCAUUAGGUCUGCAGGAUCAAGUCAUUGACGAGGACUCUGUCUCCUCUGACGGAUCGAAUUCUGGAGGAGGGAGAAGAAACGGAGACAAACAGGAACUGGAUCAUCUUCCUACAACAGACCAUGACCAGAGCCAGCGAGGACAACAGACCCUCAGUUUCCUCUCGUCUGCGACCUCUUCGACCGCAACAACUCCCCAGCCCCCGGAGGUCGAGAGGGUCCCUCACAUGAUCACCGUUCAGACUACACAGCUGCCGACAAAGUUCUCGCUGGCCAUCACCAAACCCUCGACUCCUCAGAGCCCCUCUGUCCACGUCCUCUCGACCUCGUCUAGUCAGAGUUCGAUCCUUAGUGCAAUGAACUUGAACAACCACAGCAAUAACAGCACGAUGAAGGGUCAGCCGCCCUUCUGGAGGUCCUCGACUCUACCCAAUAUCACCGAUGGGUCCCGUCCCGACUCUGCAGGCAGCAACUUUAAUUCUGAUGGAUAUUCUACACGAGGAGGCACACAGAAUGCGACUCACCCACUUCGUACGGCGACACAGGGGAUAGUGAUUCACCCUGCUGUGGGUAGGGACACUGUCAAGUCGACCAUCACCGUCAGGUCGUCUGUGACUCCUAUGGCUGCUGCUCAGGUCGAAAAAGUCGAGUCCACUGACUGUUUCAGUAAACUGGGACUCAUCCCAGAACUCCUUCGCGGAAUCUAUGCUUACGGACUGAAGAUGCCGUCGAUCCUGCAGCAGCGUGGGAUUCCAAUGAUCAUGACGAAACAUGAUGUGCUGACACAGGCCAAGCCAGAGGUGGCCAAGACAUUGACCUAUGCGAUCCCUCUCCUCAACUUCCUUACCUUGCCAGCAACAUCGAUCCACCCUCAACUGCUCAUCCUAUGCUCCAACCACGACCUGUGUCUCCAUGUGCAACGUGUGCUCCUGGCACUAGCACGAUUCAUGCCGACAAUCUCGUGUUUGAUCUUGGCAGAGGGAAGCAGUGCGACUUUGUCUCUUGGAACCAUCUCUACAACACAGGUCAAUGUGGCGGCCUAUGGUGGCGGUAGUGGCAAGAAUGGACAUAUGCCUGGCGGAUACGGAUCCCGAGGUGGAUCGACUGCCGAUCCUUUGCCUGUGAUCGCCGCCCAUGUUGUGAUAGGAACACCGGGCAAGGUUCUUGGGCUCAUCAGGACCAAGCAGAUCAGUAUCGCGGCGUUGAAGGUCAUGGUUCUGGAAAACGCGGAUAUCUUGUUGGCUUCACCACUCAAGGAGGCGACAAUCAGCUUGUUAUCGAUGGUGCGAGACCCAAUGGCGAACAACAGUGUUGGAUCUGGACCUAGUUCUUCUGUGGCAGCAGCAACAGGAUCGACAUCUGCUCCUAUGAUUUCACCGCCCAACUCUGGACCUACGUCGCCUGUGUCUAUGGCAGUCGCUGCGCUGAAUGGACGGAUCAUGGGAGCGAAUAAUGGAAACACAAGUAAUGGCAGUAUGAAUCGAUUCUCUGGAAGUUAUGGAGAAUCCGAGACACGACCACGAUCCAACUCGAAUGUUACCUCUUCAACGCCACCACCACAGUCGCUACUCAACUCUAUGGGCACCACCAAGACACCAGGAACCAACCAACCUCAAUUGCUAUUCUUCUCGACAGAGGUACCAGCGCAUGUUCUCGACUAUGUGGCCCAGUACAUGACCCAACCGACAAAGGCGCUUGUCAAGGGACACGAACUGGCUCUGAAGGGGACGUUACAGUUCUUCAAGUACUUGACUGUCGAAGAUGAAGAGUGGCGACUGGAACUGUUGUGUGAGCUGCUGGAAGACAGUGGAGCGAAUCGAGCUGUUGUGUUCUGCAAUCGGGAUGAUUCUGUCAGUGAGGUUGUCCGCAAGAUCCGCGAGCGCAAAGGCACCGCUAUUGGACUGUACUCGGAUAUGGACAUUCCGACAAGGAAAGCGGCUCUUGGAAGAUUCAGGUCAUCACCACCGCAGGCGAUCUUUGUGUUGACGGAUGAAGUGGCAAGGGCAUUGGAACCCGAUAUCUUGGCUGUGCCCUUGGUCGUCAGUUAUGAGAUGCCCAGCAUAGGCAACUAUGUGCCCAGAGUGAAGUGGAUUGACAGAUCGAAUGGAAAAGUGGGUGUGAAGGUAGUGUUAAUUGAUGGGCAGCGGGGUGAAGGUCAAGCCCUAAGGGCGAUCCAGUCGCACUACAGGACAUCCAUAGAGGACAUGCCUGUGAGCAUUGCAGAGUUCAUUGUGAACUAG